GUAUUUAGUGCGUCUAAUGGAAGGAGAAACAUUAAUUGGAUUUUGUAGCUGUAAAGCACACUUCCGAAUUCCAGCCGUGUGGGAAAUUUCGUCUGCUGUUAGGAUUUUGCUAUGUCCACAGUGCAGACAGCAUGAAUAAUUCGCUAUGAGUCAUUACUGUUUAUUAGGUUAAAUAUAAUUUUCGUCUUAAAGGCCAUUAAUGUAUGUCUUCUUUACAAGGCUUGUGCUGACACCUUACAUUUACGAAGGAAUGGUUAUUUGAUCACACUUCAUACCAAGUGCAGAAAUAAUGUCAGAGGGAAGGAAGUUCUUGAAACAAGCUGCAAUGCAGGUUGGAGCAGGUGGCUCAGCAGGUUUUGUGGAAGUUUGCAUUAUGCAUCCCCUUGACCUGGUGAAGACAAGAUUUCAAAUCCAAAGUAACAAAGUCCUUGCCCCAGAAGAUCCCACCUACUACACAGGCAUUGUUGACUGCAUGAAGAAAAUGUAUCGAAAUGAGGGAUUUUUUGCAUUCUGGAAGGGUGUGUUACCUCCUAUUUUAGUUGAGACUCCAAAACGGGCAGUUAAAUUUUUUACAUUUGAGCAGUACAAAAAGUUCUUCUUGUUUGGUUCGUCUUCUCCAACACCUCUGACUUUUUCACUGGCAGGUUUGGGUGCAGGUGUGACAGAGGCAGUCCUUGUGAACCCAUUUGAAGUAGUGAAAGUCUCAUUGCAAGCCAAUCGUUCUCAUCUGAGAGAGGUCCCCAGUACAUGGACAGUCACAAAGCGAAUUGUGUCCACUCAGGGUAUUGGCCUCCGGGGCCUCAACAAGGGUGUGACUGCUACAAUUGCAAGAAAUGGAGUGUUCAAUAUGGUUUACUUUGGAUUCUACCAUUCGGUGAAAGGAUAUCUGCCAGAAUAUGAGGAUCCUGUGCAAGAAUUUUUCCGUAAGGUUGGCAUUGGUUUUGUAUCAGGAACUUUGGCAUCUUGUGUCAAUAUCCCAUUUGAUGUUGCAAAAAGUCGGAUUCAAGGACCACAACCAGUUGCGGGAGAAAUUAAGUACAGGACUACUUUGGGCUCAAUGGCUAUUGUGUACAGAGAAGAAGGAUGGCGUGCUCUCUAUAAAGGUCUCCUACCCAAAGUCUUACGUCUUGGUCCAGGUGGUGCAAUCAUGUUAGUAGUGUAUGAUUAUGUGUACCACUAUCUGACUUUAAGAUUUCCAGACUAGAUACAUUGUGUCUUCAUUUAACCCUCACUUGAUGUGGUUUAAUGGCUGCAGGAAUCAACACAAUAUUCAUGUAUUGAUCAUGCCUUCAAGUGCCUGUAAUGUAGAUGUAGAUCUUGCAGAUUUUAUUCUUUUGUAUAGAACGUACCUGUUUUAUUCAGUACAUAUACUGCAUAACUUUAUAUGUUUUAUAAUAAUAUUGUAGAAGAUUCAAUUUGAAGAGGGUUACAUAUAGGGACAGAACAGAGAUUUCCAACCUUUUCCAAAAUUAUGGUAUUUAACUUCAGCUCACUUUUUUGUUAUUCGGGAAGUUUCUUGCCGGUGUAUUUUUGUAAGCUACAUGACAAAUAAGUAGCAUUAAAUUAUUUACUUUUUAGUUUUAUUAUUCAGUUGUAUUUGGACUUUUCGUGCAUUUUAAAUUUUGGUAGAACUGGUGUUUGUUUAAAAACAAAUUUCACGAGCAUGACUGAAAGUGAUAGCCUCUAGAUUAGGAAUCAGGUUGGAACACUUGCUUGAUGUUCUACCAUUUAUAGUUAAAAAACAAUUACUGUAAUUUCAGAAGUAAAGGAAAUCGCAACAGAAUACAUAGACUAACGUAAUAGUCCAGAGACAGAAAUGUUUUUUCCUACUUGUUAAGCGUUCCUCCUUGCUGACUCCAGUGGCAGAAUCUAUCUGUAUCUACUUCUCAUUUCUAAGUAAUGAGAUGUCUGUGUCCUUUAUUAACAAAAUUUAAUGUAGUAUAGAAAUAAUUACUAAAAAUGUCCACAUUUAGCUGAAACAAUAAUUUAUAAAGUAAGCGCAAGGUUGAAACUUUGAGAUACAGAGUUUGUAAUAUUGCAGAUACCAUAUGUUUUUCUUUCUCUUGGGAUUAAUUCAAUUCCCAAAGCCAUUGAUUAUAAGACAUAUUAUUCAUAUGUAUAAUUUCAAAAGAAAAUAUUGUAUAUGACUGUUUAAUUUUAACUUCUUAACCUUUAGUUUGACUAUAAAUCAACUUAUGAAGAACAUGGUUACACCUUUAAAUGGACAAGUGACACUAGUAUCAAAAAGAAAUGCAAAGUCAUUAGGCUUAGAAAUUGUAUUGCUUAAUAUUAAUAUUCAGCGUAGAAGGGCUUAGAAUUGAAUGGGACACGUCAGAUUCUGGUCUAUGCUUCUUAUGUUUAUUUAUUGGAUGAAAACUUGAAUACCGUGAAGGAAAGUGUUGGAUGUUCUAUUAGAUAAUAUUGAAGUAGUUGGUUUAGAAGUAAACGCAGAUAAAAUUAAGUAAACCCUAUGUUCAUAUCUCAAUAGACUGCAGGAAAAUAUUGUUAUAGCUAAUAAAUGCUUUGAAAAUGUGACAUAAAGUUCAAAUAUCUGGGAACAAUUGUAACAGAUAAAAAUUACAUUCAUUGUUUUGUAUUGCUGUGAAGCUUGAUCUGUUUCGUUAAGGGAAGAACACAGAUCAAAGGUGUUUGAGAACGGUGAUGGAGAGUAUUUGAUUCUGAAAGGGAUUAAGUGACAAGAUGCUGGAGGCAUAGUAAGGUGCUCCAUAAUUUUUGCUCUUCAGCAAAUAUGAUAAGUACCUUUAAAUGAAGGAGAUGAGAUGGGCAGGACUUGUAGCAUGCAUGAAGGCAAUAAGAAAUGCAUGUAAAAUUUUGUUUGGAAUUCCUGCGGGAAAGUGACUAUUAAGAAGACCUAGGCAUAGAUUUGAGGAUAAUAUUAAAAUGGAUCUUAAGGAAUUAGGUUGUGGACUGAAUUUGUCUGACUUGGGAUAGGGACAAGUGGCUCAUUCUUGUGAACGUGGUAAUGGUAAUGAGCCUUCAUGUUCAAUAAAUUAAAGGGAAUUUCUUGAGUAGCUGGGUGACCCAGGUUCUGAAGAAGGGUUGUACAGUCUGUUAAGGGCCGUGGCCCGUUGAACCCUACUGUAAAAGGAACUCUGCCAUGUCUUAUUUGUCAGUGUGUUACAAGUACCUGAAAAAGUAGAAUGAGUUAGUCAUGGGGCAUCUCUGUGACCUUUUAAUGAGCCCAUAAGUUAACUUUGGUUUUAAUACGUUACGUAUGGGAAAGUGCAAUAAUUAAAGAGAAGUGUCGCAUGUUUCUCAGUUAAGGUAGUGUGUUUGGUUAAUGUACAGACGAAUAAAAUGGAAUGAAGUUCCGAAGUAUUUAUCGUGUUUAAGAAAAUCUUAAAAUAAUAAUAUAUAUCAAUUAAAAGAAACAGGUAUUUAUAAAAAGGUGUCAGUAACCUAUUUGUAUAUUAAUUUCAGUGCAGCAAAUUAUAUUAUGUUAUUGUUAUUCUUUAUUGUACAAAUAAAAUAUUUAGCUAACCCAGAACAUAUUUUCACACAGAAAUGUUAAUACAGUGAACAUAAAAGUAACAUUUAUUGUAUUAAAAAAAUUGUUUAUGCUCCUCUGUCUUGUAUAUCGUCAUCUGGGGUGUGUUGCCAUGUGGUCAUGUAGGUAGUUACCGAUACAUAAAAGGAAUGAAUUGUGCUUUUACCCUGAAGAUGGAGGUGAUAUUAGGAAAGUGAAUUUUGUAUAUCAGUGUAUUUAUACAAUGUUAAGAUUUAAUACAAUUAAUUAUUGUGCUAGUUUAUGGUGCAAAUAAAAGCUGCAUCUCCUAAGUGAAA